UAAUGUUCACCCCCCCUCUGGGGAGCAGCGGGAUCGGUCUCGCUGCCUCUGGAGCCCAGACGGCGAACUCCGUUCUUGAGUAAAGCAAAAACACAAGGAAGAAGCCGCCGAGAAGGCAUGGCGACGGCCAAAGACCCCAAUCUCCGCCCCAUCCGAACCAGCAGUAGCUUCUCUCGCAAUCCCUCCGCCCCCUCCGUUGCCGCGCCCUCGCCUCCCGUUCCCGGCGUCAAGCCUGGCCCCAGCGGCGCCGCCUUCGUUUCCUCCGGCAUCCCGGACCUUGACAAGAUUCUUGGCGGAGGAUUCCUUCUGGGGUCAGUGGUGAUGGUGAUGGAGGACGCCGACGCGCCUCACCACCUCCUCCUCCUGAGGAACUUCAUGUCCCAGGGUAUUGUUCACCGCCAGCCGCUCCUCUUCGCCAGCCCUGCGAAAGAUCCGAGGGCGUUCCUCGGAACGUUGCCGUCCCCGGUCUCGUCUUCUAAGGAGGAGAGGCAACGAGCCCCGGGUCUCGAUCCUGAUGCAAAGGACAAAGAGAAGGGAUUGAGAAUUGCCUGGCAGUACAAGAAGUAUUUUGGGGAGCGGCAAGUUCCUGAACUUCACGAUAGAGGUAUAGAACAGGAUUUCUGCAGUGAUUUUGAUUUGCGGAAGCCCCUUGAAAGGCAAAUGUUUAGGGCACAACAAAUUGAUUGUAUAAGCAUUCAAGAUAGUGCAAAUCUUGCAGUUCUCCGUGAGCAUUGUUCCACUUUUCUAUCUAACCUUAGUAGGAAUGAUGGCGGCAAUGUUAAUGCUGGUCGUAUUGCAAUACAAUCCCUCUGUGCUCCACAAUGUGGAUACUCAGAAAUGGAUUGGGAUAUGGUUUCCUUUGUCAGAUCUUUGAGAGCAAUGAUACGAUCUUCUAAUGCAGUUGCUGUUAUAACUUUUCCAACAUCGGUUCUUUCCCCCUCCUUCUCCAAGAGAUGGCAACACUUGGCAGAUACGUUGCUCUCUGUUAGAGCAAUUCCAGAUGAAGAUAAGGAGUUGGCAAAACUCCUUACUGGUUAUCAAGACAUGGUUGGCCUUUUGCAUGUGCAUAAGGUGGCUCAGAUUAAUACUCAGGUUCCAGUGAUACUCGAGGCAACCACCUUCUCACUAAAGAUGCAAAAGCGAAGGUCUUUGAUAUUGGAACGUUUGAAUCAGGCUCCAGUAGAUGCUUCAAGCGGCACUUCAUAUGCAACAUCUGGUGGUUGUUCUGGGUCAUCGAAAGGUUCACCCCUUGAUUUUUAGUCUGCCACCUUAAAUUAGCAAUGGAUUUCUCUAUCGAGAAUCUCCAAGGUUAUUGCUAAACCAUAGCUGACAUCAAAGCCUUCUUUCACCGUGAUGUUGGCUAUGAAAGCUGUGGCUCUGGCCAGUCUUCUGGGGAAAUCAAUUUGAGAUGGAGAUAUGGCUCGUGGGUUUCAUUUGUAAACAUAUUUUGAUACUCUCUGACUGUUGAAUUGAUGCUUGUAGAAUUAGAAUGUGUGCAAACUUUAGAUGCUAGAGGAUGUUUGCAAGAAAAGUGCAUGCAAAUUGUUGUUAUCGUGUAAAUAUAUCGUGGAUUUAUGACUUA